UCGAAAAGUACACGACGUAGCGUAGAAAAUGGCAGCGUGAAAAAAAACACACACAACAAAAACGGAAGCAUUUGGUUUUAAAAACAGCAAUGGACGCACAUCUGCCACAGUGUUUGCACCCCGAAACGCAGUUAAAAUGUGAAGCGUUGCCGUCAGACAUCCUCAAAGUGGUGGUCGUGAAGGAAGAGCAGCAGGAGGAGCCAGAGCCCCCCCAUUUGAAAGAGGAAGAGGAGGAGGCUGACAUCAGCAAGUUCCUUGUGAAGAGUGAAGAAGAUGAUGAAGAAGAAGCUGAUUGGUCACGGCUUCAACGCAGUCCCGGCAAGGAGGCGCCGAGCGGCCAAGAAGCGGACUACAUCUUAGGUCCGCUUGCUCAGGCUGGCGACAUGAUGUCAGAGUCUGGCGACACUGACGUCAGUGAAGACGAUUGGAUCAGCAACACCGCGUCCGCCUUCAUGCCAGCGGACCGCGGACAGGUGGCCGCGGGCGAGAGGUUUGAGUCUGGAAAAGAGUCGCUGGCAUGCUCGCAAUGCGGGAAGACGUUCUUGUCCAAGUUGAGCCUGAAGUGGCACAAGAAGGUCCACGCUGAGAAACUCUUCAGCUGCAUCGUUUGCAGCAAAAGAUUCAGGAAGCGCUCGGACUUGGUGGUUCACUUCCGCAUCCAUUCUGGGGAGAAACCGUACUCCUGCUCGGUGUGCAACGGCAGCUUCGCAAAAAGCAACGCCUUGGUCCAACACAUGCGAACGCACACCGGCGCCAAACCGUUCAGCUGCUCCGUCUGUGCCAAGAGUUUCUCUCAGAAGGGUCACAUGACCACGCACAUGCGCACGCACACCGGCGCCAAACCUUUCUCCUGCACGCUCUGCGGGCGGAUGUUCUCCGAGAAGGGCCACCUGACCAGGCACGUGGCGGCGCACUCCGGAGAGAAACCGUUCGCCUGCUCGGUGUGUGGAAAAAGGUUCUCUCAGAAGGGUCACAUGACCACACACAUGGUGGCCCACACCGGGGAGAAACCGUUCAGCUGCAACGUCUGCGAGCAGCGCUUCACGUGGCACUCGCAGUUUAAAAGACACAAGUGUGCUGGGGGCAGGAGCGCCACCUAGUGAUGCUGCGUCCCUCCUCCUGGUGAUGUGUUGGACGUCUUUCUCAUCGACUGUUGUCUUGAAGUCCCAUCACUGCUGUGGAGUGUGGAUGGAAGUACUUUUUACUCAAUAAAGGACCAAAAUAUUGCAUGUUCAGUGUUUUUCCAUCCAUACACGUCAGCCGCGUGUUCUUACAGAAUGGGACAAGUUUCGGCCUCUUGGAGUCUUCUCCAUCCUUCCUGCUGUGUUGUUGUUGUU